AUGACGUCGCGAGUGUUCCAUGAAACCCCUGCAUCGCCGCCGGAGCCCGCCGCGGAAUCGAAAAACGAGCGUGUGCCUGUGCAGAGCGAGGCGGAUCGUGCGGCGCUUUGGAACCAGAUGUUGAACACGAUCAUUGUGGACCCUGCCGAUGGAUACCUGGGUGGCGCGAGUCCGCACCGCCGCACCACACCAGGUGGCGGCGUUGGCGCGAGUCCGAGGAAGCCGGACGGCACCAAGGACAUGCGUGCAAUGAUCGAGCAGCUGGACCAGGAGUUCCGUGAGCGCCCCACGUAUGGCCUUGCGACCCCUGGCACACCCACGACGGGACGUUCGGUGUCUGUUGCCAAUUCCUACAACGGCACAUCAGCGACGCUAUAUCGCCAGCUCUCGCAGCUGCUUGCGCGCAACCACGUGCGUCGAGAACUCAAGCUCGUCGAGCGCUACGAGAAGCCCAACCAGAUGCGCCGGCGUAAGCGCUCGGAGCGCCACCGCCGUCGCUUUGCGGAUAUGAUCCGGAAAAAAGUACAACUGAUUAUGGCGCUCAAGGCGCGCAGUGCGUAG